UCACUCAGGAUCCCGUGGGAGGGGCUGCUGGGCUGCCCUGGGUGGUGGUGGGUGGCAGGAGCAGAGGGAGCAGAGCAGGGAAUCUGCUGAGAGGACACUCGGAAACCCCCUCCUUCCCCGGGGCAAAGUCCCCCGGGCACGCGGGACUGCUGGGCCGCGGGCACGUGCUGUGCCGUGCUGUGUGGAGCCAGCAGGUCCCCGGGGAGACCGGGCCCGAGGGGGGAGGAGCUGCUCUUCCUCCCAGCACCCUAGGAGCAGGGAGAGAGUGACCCCAGGAAGGGGCACCCCACAAGCAGUGGGGCCAGCAGGGCACCGCUGUGCAGAGAGCAGGGUGGGCCACGCCUCCUGGUCCAGGUGGGGUUGGGUGGAGGCCUGACACCCCCUACUGUCUCUGGUCUCUGCAGGCUGAGCCUGCGGGGGUGGGGGGCUCUUCGCAGCCCUGCCCGGGGGCCCCAGGGGCAGGCACACUCCCUGCCCAGCUAGUAUGAGGGGCUUCUCUCCCAGCGCUGGCUGGGGGCGGGACCGACCAGACCAAGGUGAGGCCCGCAGAGCUCCAGGCAGACCUCCCACAGGCCCCCCAGGCUGAUCAGCCAGAGCCCCGGCACGCUGCCCUGUGCUGGGUGGGCAGAGCGCCACAUGACACAGUGUCACAGUGUGUCACCGAGUGUCACACAGGCACCUGCUUGUGGAAGUCCAGCACGCCCUGCCGUGCCCCCGGUCCAGCACGGGCUGGAGCUCCUGCCCCAGGGUGACGGCGGGACACAGACAAGGCAGGUGCUGGGCUCCGACGGGGGCCGGGGGGCCUCGCGCCUGGGUGAACAUUAACGGGGCGCAGUGCGGAGCCGGUCACGUGUGUGCCCGCGGCUCUUUGACCCGCGGCUGCUCCUGCCCCACGUGUCCUCCCCACAGGCGCCCCCUCACUCCCCGCACAGGUAGGAGCUGUGAGCACGGGUGUAGGGGGGGGACCCGGGGCCACCGCUGCCCUCCCAGGGUGAGAGCCAGCCUGUGGGCGAGCAGGAGGGAGGGGUGACAGGGGGCCUCCCAGGCCCAGGCCCUGGGGACCUGGAGAGAGUGGGGGCCGAGGGCUAGACGGGGCCCCCGACACGGCAGGCCAAGGAGAACAGCCCUGAGGUUCAGCCGGGCGCCCGGGCUCCUGCCUCCGUCACUGGGGUGGGGCCCUUGUCUCCCACGGAGACAGCACCGUUGGGUGUCCGAGGCCGAGGUGUGAGCGGUGGCCUGGAUGGCACCGGAUAGAAGAGGCCCCAGGUUCCAGGCUCCCGGCCACUCUGGGCCAGCACCUCAGCACCCUACGCCCUGGCCCACCCGCCCGGCCUGCUUCCAGCCAGGACCCCCAAGGGAGCUGGGCUGCCCCCUGAAACUGCACUGAGCGUGCCCGGCAGCACCCGAGGGCACGGAAGCCAUCUGCCUCCGGGUAGAGGACGGGGGAGGUCACCAAGGUGGCGGGGUGGGGAUGGGGGACGGCUUCUACACUCUCAGGUUAGGGGUCUGGGGGUGAGGCAGGGCAGGGGCGGGAGAAGGGUCUGACCGGCCCUAUCGCCCCCAGAUCUGGGCUCGGGCCUGGGUCUGCCUCUGCCGGAAAUCCAUGCCCAACUCCCUCGCCGGCGGCCACGUCAGCCCCCCCACCCUGGACACGGUUGGCUUGGUGGACCAGAGUCUGGGAGAUGCAGGGACCUCCAGUCUUGCCCCUGUCGUGGAAGAGGGAAACAUGGACCCCUGGGCCCUCCCUCAGCUGAAGGAUACUGGCCAGUCCUGGAGAGAGCUCAGUGCGGCCGGCAGACUGCUGCGUGUGCUCCGCGGCUUCCUCAAGGCCUGUGGCCUCCUGGGCGGCCUCUACCUCUUCAUCUGCUCGCUGGACAUCCUGAGCUCCGCCUUCCAGCUGCUGGGCGGCAAAGUGGCUGGAGACAUCUUCAAGGACGACGUGGUGCUAUCCAGCCCCGUGGCCGGACUGGUCAUCGGGGUGUUGGCCACAGUGCUCGUGCAGAGCUCCAGCACGUCGUCCGCCAUCGUGGUCAGCAUGGUGGCCUCCAAGCUGCUGACCGUCCGGGCAUCUGUGCCUGUCAUCAUGGGCGUCAACGUGGGCACGUCCGUCACCAGCACCCUGGUCUCCAUGGCGCAGUCGGGGCACCGGGAUGAGUUUCGGAGGGCCUUCGGUGGCUCGGCGGUGCACAGCCUCUUCAACUGGCUCACGGUGCUCGUGCUGCUGCCGCUGGAGGGCGCCGCGGCGCCGCUGGAGACACUCAGCGCCCUGGUCCUGGGGGCCGCCAGCCUGCAGGCCGGCGGGCGCGCGCCGGACAUCCUCAAGGUGCUGACGCAGCCGCUCACACACCUCCUCGUGCAGCUGGAUGCGGACGUGAUCGCCAGCAGCGCCGCGGGCAACGCCACCAACAGCAGCCUCAUUAAGCGAUGGUGCGGUACCAGGGCGGACACGGCCCCAGGGAACAGCAGCAACUGUGCACCGGCCGCCGCCGGCCCCUGCCCUGAGAGGAACGGCUCGGCCCCCGUGGAGCGGCUGCCCUGCUACCACCUGUUCGCAGGCACCGCGCUCACAGACCUGGCUGUGGGCUGCGUCCUGCUGGCCGGCUCCCUGCUCGCUCUGUGCACCUGCCUGGUCCUCCUCGUCAGGCUGCUGAACUCCGUGCUGCACGGCCGGGUGGCCCGGGCCGUGAGGGCCGUCCUCAACGCUGACUUCCCCUUCCCGGUCGGCUGGCUCAGCGGCUACCUGGCCAUCCUGGUGGGCGCCGGCCUGACCUUCGUGCUCCAGAGCAGCAGCGUCUUCACAGCGGCCGUCGUGCCGCUCCUGGGGGUCGGGGUGAUCAGCCUGGAGCGGGCAUACCCCCUCUUGCUGGGCUCCAACAUCGGCACGACCGCCACGGCCCUGCUGGCUGCCCUGGCCAGCCCCUCAAGCAUGCUGCUCAGUGCCCUCCAGGUCGCCCUCAUCCACUUCUUCUUCAACUUGGCUGGCAUCCUGCUGUGGUACGUAGUGCCUGCCCUGCGGCUGCCCCUCCCGCUGGCCAAGCGCUUCGGAGACCUGACCGCCCGCUACCGCUGGGUGGCGGUCGCCUACCUACUGCUCAGCUUCCUGCUGCUACCCCUGGCUGCCUUCGGGCUCUCCCUGGCGGGGGACACCGUGCUGGCCGCGGUCGGGGGGCCCCUGGUGACGCUGGUGCUCCUCGUCGUCCUGGUCAACGUCCUGCAGCGGCGAAGGUCAGCCUGGCUGCCCCGCCCCCUUCGGUCCUGGGCGUGGCUCCCCCUCGGGCUGCGCUCCCUGGAGCCCUGCGACCGUCUGCUGAGCCGCUGCUUCGCGUCUCCCGCCGCCACCAGGGAGGCCCACAGCUACGAGAACCCCGAGAUCCUGGCCUCCCAGCAGUUGUGAGGGGGGUGCCCUCGCCCCACACUGAGCUCUGGGUUCCCUGGGGGAUCCCAGCAGCAGCGGACUUCGGAGGCAGCCGGUUCGCCUUCUUAGCAAAUAAACGAGGCAGUGACCCAGA